AUGGGACGAAAUAUCAAUGAAUUUAAACUCACAUCAGAAAAUAUUACAUCUUUUACAUCUUCUAGAAUAAUGCAAGAGGCUAGAGACACCCAUUUAGAAAGAAAUAUAAUUGUAAUUGAAGAAGAUUUAUUACUAUAUAAAAAACUAAAUAAAGAACAAGAACAAGCGUCCAUCACCAUACUUAAUAAAAUAUUCUCAAAUGAACCAGGAGCAUUCUUUAUUGAUGUGCCUGGAGGAACGGGAAAACCAUUCUUAUACCGCGCUUUAUUAGCUACUGUACGAUCAAAGGGAUUUAUAGCUUUAGCCACAACAACUUCUGGUGUUGCAGCUUCAGUGCUCCCUGGAGGACGAACUGCUCACUCACGUUUUAAACUUCCUAUUGAUGUAGGUAAAAAUUACUGUUGCAAUAUAAGUAAACAGAGUUCACUUGCAUUUUUAAUUCAAGAUGCAAAACUGAUAGUAUGGGAUGAAGUAUCAAUGGCUAGGAAAAAACUUGUUGAGACUUUUGAUUCACUCUUGAGAGAUCUUAUGGGUAUAAAUACACUAUUUGGUGGAAAAUUCGUAGUUUUUGGAGGCGAUUUUAGAUAG